AUGACUACCAUCGAAAACCUCAAGACCAUCGACCCCUUCGCGGACGCGGACGAGGGCGACGCGGAUAAGCAGAAGAAGGGCCAGGACUACAUCCACAUCCGCAUCCAGCAGCGCAAUGGCCGCAAGACCCUCACCACCAUCCAGGGCCUGCCCAAGCGCUUCGACCAGAAGAAGAUUCUCAAGGUCAUAAAGAAGAAGUUUGCCUGCAACGGCACCAUUGUGGAGGACCAGGAUCUCGGUGAGGUUCUGCAGCUUCAGGGUGACCAGCGCAAGGCUAUUCACGAUUUCCUCAUCGACAAGCAAGAGGGUCUCGAGAUGGACGCCAAGCUCGUCAAAGUCCACGGCUUCUAA